GUAGGACGACAAAAUGGCGGCGGCUAAUGGCAGCUUGUCCUCCUCUCCCGCCUCCCCCCUUCCCGGCGCGCCGUCGCCGCCGCCGCCGCUGCCACUACCGCUCCUGAGCUGCAAAAAGACGACUUCCACCAAGAUGGAGGCAUAGGUGGAGACGCCCUGAUUUCUCACACGACCAAGUUUAGAGACAAUGAAAUAUUAGCAACAGAAAACACAACCAGAACACAGAAAAUUGAACUUUUCGGAAGUCUGAUAACAACGAAUUCUUCAGCCUGACCGGGAGUCUGAGAGCACGUGGGAGUGGUCCUAGCCAGCCUGGCAGAGUGAGGAAAGGCUUCUCAGUGGAGUGGUGAUUGGUCCCCAAAGGGAAGAGGCAACCUGCUCCCAUCUCCUCAUGACUCAGAGCAGAUAUCAGCAUCAGCAGAAGCCUCUCUCCUCAGAGAGGCAUGCAUUUCGUACCCAAGUCCCAGGCGGUUAAGGUCCUUGGCAAAAGAUACGUGAGUCCUGUGGGUCAUAGAAAGCUUCCCACCCUCAUCGUGACCAAAGGCCUUCAAGACCGAAGACCAUUCCGCCUCUGCUCGGACCUCACUGCCCAGGUUCCCUUCAACUGGAAUGUCCUCCGGCACGGCCCAGAUGCUGUUGCUCAUCUUCAUCGUGGUCUAUCCAGAAUCCUGUGCUCUCUGGGUGUCCCAGCCCCCCGAGAUUCAUACCCAGGAGGGUGCCACUGCCCUCCUGCCCUGCUCCUUCAAUGCCAGCCAAGGGAGACUGGCCAUUGGCUCCGUCGUGUGGUACCGGGGUAAGGUGGCCCCAGGGAAGGAGGUGAGGAAUAGGACUCCAGAGUUCAGAGGCCGCCUGGCCCCUCUUGCCUCUUCCCGCUUCCUCUGUGACCACCAGGCUGAGCUGCAGAUUUGGGACACCCGAGGCAGUGACGCUGGAAUCUAUGUGUGCAGUGUGGAGGUGCUGGGCCUGGGUGUCGGGACGGGGAAUGGGACUCUGCUGGUGGUGGAGAAAGGACCUCCUGGGCUAGGGGCCCUCACAGUCCUCCUCCUUCGGGCUGGAUUCUACGCCUUCAGCUUUCUCUCCGUGGCCAUGGGCAGCACCAUCUAUUACCAAGGCAGAUGACACUGUCACGUGGGAACACACUGCCACAGCUUGGAUGGCCUCUGCUAAGUGAUUCUAGACCCCAGUGAUCCCAGUGCUCAUCAGAAGACUCCAAUAAAUCUCUGUCUGUUCCACCACUAA